UCCCAGCCGAAGCCCCACCCGCCCCAAGUGUGCACAUUGAAUGCUUAUCUUUACACUACCAUCACUUGCCACCAACGGCCGCCGGACCCAACGGCCGCAUCGACUACGGUGAUUUUGAGUUUGAUGACCUUCGUCCGAGGAGCAUACAUUUUGACGGACGUGACAAGACAUAAGAGCAAGUAUGGUAUGUGA